CUCACAUUAUUUAAGUCAAAACAAAACAACGUGUUUUUCCAGUUUCCAAAGUUUCUUCUCCCUUUUUGCCUUUAAAAGCUAACAAAAUGUCUAUUCAAGAUAAAGUGUUAAUGCGAAAAAUAAAAAAACGCGAAAAACAAAAAUUAAAGUUGGUCCAACUCAAGGAAGCCGAAAGGAAAAAAGAAAACCAGGAUAAAGCUACCAAUAAAACACUGAGUUCUGAUACUGCACAAACCAAUGGAAAUGGGCCACAGAGAAAAAAGAAAAUAAAAAAGAAGAAAAAGGACUUAAACCUUGAGGAGACAAGUGAUAAUGAGGUCGAGGCCUUGGAAGACGAACCACCAAAAAAGAAGAAAAAGAAACAGAAAAGUUCAGAAAGCAGCAAUAAUGCAGACCCAGAAAAAAAACAAGAUGGGGUAAAAGACGACAAUGAUAUUGACCCUUCAGAUUCUUUGGAAAGUGAAUUGCCUGGGUCCAGGGCAGGUCUAGAAAUUCUUAGUGACAGAAAAUUUGAGUCACUAAAAGAUGUGGUAUGCGAAAAUACACUAAAAGCUAUAGCAGACAUGGGAUUUACUACAAUGACUGAAAUCCAGGCCAGGAGUAUCCCACCCCUGUUAGAAGGCAGAGACUUGGUCGGUGCAGCCAAAACUGGAUCUGGCAAAACGUUGGCAUUCCUAGUGCCAGCCGUGGAGUUAAUUUUCAAACUCAAAUUUAUGCCUAGAAAUGGCACUGGGGUCAUCAUUAUUUCACCUACAAGAGAGUUAUCAAUGCAAACUUUUGGGGUACUAAAAGAAUUAAUGAAAUACCAUCACCACACAUAUGGUUUAGUUAUGGGGGGUGCUAGCAGGCAAACUGAGGCCCAAAAACUGUCUAAAGGGAUUAACAUUUUAGUUGCUACACCUGGAAGAUUAUUGGAUCAUUUGCAAAACACCCCAGACUUUUUAUACAAGAACUUGCAAUGCCUUAUUAUUGAUGAAGCUGAUCGAAUUCUUGACAUUGGUUUUGAGGAGGAAAUGAAGCAGAUUAUUAACUUGCUUCCCAAGAGAAGGCAAACUAUGUUGUUUAGUGCCACCCAAAGCAAGAAAACUGAAGCUUUAACUUCUUUGGCUCUAAAAAAAGAGCCAGUGUAUGUGGGAGUUGACGAUAGCAAACUUGAGGCCACUGUAUCGGGAUUGGAACAAGGGUAUGUUGUUUGCCCUUCUGAAAAACGUCUUUUAGUGCUUUUCACAUUCCUCAAAAAAAACAGAAAGAAGAAGGUGAUGGUGUUCUUCAGUUCCUGUAUGUCUGUGAAGUAUCACCAUGAACUUUUUAAUUAUAUUGAUCUGCCUGUUAUGUGCAUUCAUGGCAAACAAAAACAAACCAAACGAACAACGACAUUCUUCCAGUUCUGCAAUGCGGAAUCUGGCAUUUUGCUGUGUACGGAUGUGGCGGCAAGAGGUCUGGAUAUUCCUGCGGUAGACUGGAUCGUACAAUACGAUCCGCCAGAUGAUCCUAAAGAAUACAUUCAUAGGGUGGGUCGUACGGCCAGGGGAGAGGGCAGCAGCGGACACGCUUUGCUCAUCUUAAGGCCAGAAGAGUUGGGAUUUUUGUGGUAUUUAAAACAGGCCAAGGUGCCUUUAAAUGAGUUCGAGUUCAGUUGGGCCAAAAUUGCCGACAUUCAGUUGCAGCUGGAGAAUCUGAUAGGCAAAAAUUAUUAUUUAAAUAUGUCCGCCAAGGAAGCAUUCAAAGCAUAUGUCAGGGCAUACGAUUCACACCAUUUGAAGAACAUCUUUGACAUCAGUACUUUGGAUUUAGUGAAGGUGGGGAAUUCGUUUGGCUUUAGGGUGCCACCAGCUGUGGAUCUUAAUGUAUCAGCUAGAAAAGCUGAAAGACCUGAGAAGAAGCGAAAAGGAGGAGGAGGAUUUGGACAAUAUAAGAAUCUGAAUUCAAUGUCUGACAAGGGAUAUAAGAAAAAUACGGUUUACAGACAGCCUAGGAACAAGGGGGGACAUGAUAAAAGGCAGUUUAGUAGAUAAUUACUAUUGCAUGUUUUUUUAUUGUAAAGGUUGACCUAAAUAAAUAAUGACAGUAUAAUAAA